UGUCGUCAGAAUUUCCAAGUCGGAAAUUACGUAACUAAGUUCUGCCCAGUCGUUUUUGUGAUUGGACAGCGUAACCGGAUAUGGGAUCACAGCGUGGUCUCUGAUUGGCUAUAAAAAAUGGCGGAGAAAUCCGAGAAGAUAUAAAUGCAAACAUCUGCGUAGAGUUUAUUGCUGUAUUAUUACAACGGACUAGCAGAAAAGUAACAAAAUGGACUCUCGUCACGAUGAACAGGUUUCUCAUGUUUCUGACAGACUCGAAAAAUCUCUGUCCAUCCACGCAGAGGACAUAGACGCAGAGGACAACCACGCAGAGGACAAGAUGAUGGAGAAGUAUACCAGCUUGAUUUCAGAUGGGAAACGUGUUGCCAAACAAGGAGACAUCCAGAAAGCUCUGGAACUCUUCAGGCUGGCCUACGGCAUUCACCAGACUCCCAAACUAGCGAGCAGGAUAAAGAAGAUCGAAGAAAUUGUGGCUCAGAAUGACGCGGAGGAUGAGGAUGGUGACUUUGUCGAUGUGAACAACUGCGGUUUAAUGCUGUACCGAGAGCUUUUUGACAGGCUGUACAACUAUCAGAGGGACGGCGUUGCCUUUCUUUACUGCCUCUACAAAGAGAACCGAAAAGGGGGAGUCCUGGCUGACGAUAUGGGUCUGGGUAAGACCAUCCAGAUUAUAUCGUUCCUCUCUGGCAUGUAUGACAGUGAGCUGAUCAGACACACGCUUCUUGUCAUGCCAACAUCCCUGAUCACCAACUGGGUCAAGGAGUUCACCAAAUGGACUCCUGGCAUGAGGGUGAAGGAGUUUCAUGGUUCGAGCAAAGCGGAGAGGACCAGAAGUUUAGAGAGGGUCCAGAGGAGGGGAGGCGUCAUCAUCACCACCUACACGAUGCUAAUGAACAACUGGCAACAGCUGGCCUCGUAUCAGGGGAAGGAAUUCUGUUGGGACUACAUGGUCCUGGACGAGGCCCACAAAAUAAAGAACUCCACAACUAAAACGGCCAAAAGUGCGUACGCCAUCCCGUCCAGGAACAGGAUUCUUCUGACAGGAACUCCGGUUCAGAACAACCUGAGGGAGAUGUGGACCCUCUUUGAUUUUGCCUGUAAGGGAUCUCUCCUCGGAACGGCGAAGACCUUCAAAACGGAGUAUGAGAACCCCAUCACUCGGGCCAGGGAGAAGGAUGCCACUCCUGGAGAAAAGGUUCUUGGUUCCAGGAUGUCUGAAAACCUCAUAGCCCUAAUAAAACCCUACUACCUCCGUAGGACAAAGGCUGAAGUUCAGAAGACCGGUGGAACGGGAGAAGAGGAGGCCAACAAAGACGAGACCACAGCUGGUCAGACGCACUCUGGGGCGGUCAUGCCACAGCUGACCCGAAAGAACGACCUGAUCGUCUGGACUUACCUGAGUCCUAUUCAAGAGGACAUUUACAGGCAGUUCAUCUCCAUGGAGCACAUCAAGGAGCUGCUCACGACCACCAGAUCACCUCUGGCAGAACUAACCAUCCUCAAAAAGCUGUGCGACCAUCCAAGACUGCUUUCUGCCAACGCUAUAGCAAAGUUGGGUCUGGAAGAUCCUGCUGAAGGUUUCCCGGACGAAGAGGCAGCGACUGACCCUCACAGCAUCGGUGACGUUUCAGAUGAAACUUUAGUAACAGAGUCUGGAAAACUCACAUUUUUACUUCAGCUGCUGGAAAGACUCCGACAGGAAGGCCACCGAACCCUCGUCUUUGCUCACUACAGGAAAGUGCUUGACUUCCUGCAGCGUAUCCUUGGCAACAGAGGAUUCAAGGUUCUGAGGCUGGAUGGAACCAUCUUGCAAAUUGCCGAGCGAGAGAGGCUCAUCUCUCUGUUCCAGUCAGACACGAGUUACUCCGUCUUCCUCCUGACCACUCAGGUCGGUGGAGUGGGCAUCACGCUGACCGCAGCAAACCGAGUCGUCAUCUACGAUCCGAGCUGGAACCCAGCUACAGACUCCCAGGCUGUGGACCGUGCGUACCGCAUAGGCCAGAAAAAAGAUGUCGUCAUCUACCGGCUUAUCACCUGUGGCACCGUGGAGGAGAAGAUCUACAGGCGGCAGGUUUUCAAAGACUCCCUCAUCAGACAGAACACCGGAGACAACAAGAACCCGUUCAGAUACUUCAGCAGACAGGAUCUGAGGCAGCUGUUCAUUCUGGAGGACACUCGGUCCUCCUCCACUCAACGUCAGCUGCAGGAGUUGCACUCUAGACACCGACGGAGUGACCCGGUGCUGGACGAACACAUCGCUCACCUUCACACCAUGGACAUGUUUGGGAUUUCUGACCAUGACCUUAUGUUCUCCCACCACAUCAACCAUGAUGAGGCCCCCGAAAACCAGGAGGAACAUCAGUACAUUGAAGGACGGGUCCAGAAGGCUCAGGAUUUGGUGAGGGCCGAGUCUGAGCUUCAGAUGCAGCUGGCCGAGAGCAUGGCGUUGAGUUCGGAACCGGCCUGGCUUCGAGGACCGCUGGACUCCAUCAGCAGAGACACGACUCGGGAUAAGAAACCCAGAAACCCUAAACCAAGUCCUCCCCUCCCUCAGCCCGACAACAACCACGUCUCACCUGUUGUGGUGGAUUUGGACCAGUCUGGUUCUGGAGAGAUGGACGUCCAGCAGGAUCACAGUGUUGAGGUCAUCGAUCUGACUGCAGCCGCCUCAUUUCAGCACGACCCUUUUCAUGUUGGUCCAAACAGAAGCAGCUCUCCAUCUGAGAUGGACUUGAAUCACCCAAGUCUGCUUCAGGACGGAGGGGUUUCUGUCCUCCAGCUGUCCGACUCCAGCAUCCCAGCAGUAGCCUCCCGAGUGAGCACCGAGCUGGAGUCCUCUGGUGGACACUUUAACCUACAGCUGGAGGACAGCGACGACGUUCUAGACCACGCAGAGAUCGAGGAGGAGGAGCAGAAGCUGCUGUCUCAGCUCCAGGUGAUCGGCAGCUUUGAUGUCAACAAGUCUCUGUCAGAGAGUCUUCACAGAAGGACCACCAGCAGCUGCCAGGCUCUAGGAGACGAGUCCAUCAACGAGUCAGUCAACGAGUUCAUCCUUCCCAAGAAGAAGAAAAGAGCAGCUGUGAUUUAUGACAGUGAGGAGGAGGAGGAAGACGAAGAAGAGGAGAAGCUGUUGAAGAGUCCUCUCAAUCGCUCGUUCCCAGUGCUUGGAGCCUCCACUCCAAAAUCAGAUCCCUCUGGCUCAUCUCCUCCUCCCAGAAGGAGUGUAGGAGGAAACUUGUCAGUGGUGUCUCGGCGGUCCCUCCUCCGGUCCGUCAUCGAGGACUUGGACUUGGAUGACCAGGAUGAUCAUGAAGAUAACGAGGACCUUUUAAGUAGUAAUGAUUUUCUGUCGGAGGAGAUGACGAGAGAUGAUCUGAACUCUGAGGAGGAGGAGGAGGGGGAGGAAGACGGGGAGGAUAAAAACCUAGAGAAGGUGGAAGCAACUCUGGAGCUCCAGGAGAAGGAGUUUGAAGGAGAGAACGAAGGGCACGGCGAGGAUGGUGCUGAUUCUGCUCAUUUUGAUCUUCAUGUUGAGGAGGAGUCUAAGGAGCAGGAGGAGGAGCAAGAGGAGCUGUCAGCUAAUGUUGAGUCAGGUGAAGACAUGAGGCUGGACUUGGAUGACCAGGAUGAUCAUGAAGAUAACGAGGACCUUUUAAGUAGUAAUGAUUUUCUGUCGGAGGAGAUGACGAGAGAUGAUCUGAACUCUGAGGAGGAGGAGGAGGGGGAGGAAGACGGGGAGGAUAAAAACCUAGAGAAGGUGGAAGCAACUCUGGAGCUCCAGGAGAAGGAGUUUGAAGGAGAGAACGAAGGGCACGGCGAGGAUGGUGCUGAUUCUGCUCAUUUUGAUCUUCAUGUUGAGGAGGAGUCUAAGGAGCAGGAGGAGGAGCAAGAGGAGCUGUCAGCUAAUGUUGAGUCAGGUGAAGACAUGAGGCUGGAGAAGAGGAGCAGUGAAGCCGAGUCGGUCUUCUGGGAGGGAACGGACCACUGCUCCAUGGAGUCUGAGAGCUAUGAUGCUCUAGUUCGGAGAGGAGAAGAGUGUUUCAGCCAGGAGAAGCUGGAAGAGGCGCUGAGCUUCUUCCUCAGAGCCAUCGACAUCAGACCAGGAGAUCCUGAAAUCCAGCUGAAGACUAUCCAGCUGUACCGGCGCCUGAGUCAGAGGUGAGCGGAGCAAAAGCUCUUCCAGCUGGGUUUCGGUCAGCAGGUCCAAGUCCAGACACGAUUUUUCUGUUUGUCCUCCUGCUGUUUUAGACUCCACUAAACCCAGUUUGUCCCUGCUGGGCUUCUGUAGAACAGCUGAUCUUCAGCUGAUCUUCAGCAUUAAAUGUGGAGGCUUGUUUUGUAAAACGGAUGUUUCAGAAGCUUUUCCUCGUCUUCAUGAUUAGUAUUAUUGUUUUAUCAUUUCUGUAACGAGCUGCUUGCUCCUCUGAGUGUUUAAAAAUAAAUUAUUAAGCUUUUGUAAAGGAA